AUCCCACAAGUCCACGCGUCAUGCCAGUUAUCCUGAAGAUGCAAUGGAUCCUCUUCAACAUUAGCAGCAACUCCUCCCUGGUUGUAACCAGCGGUUACUGGUUAUUUAUAGCCUUUCUUCCGGAUACACCCCUUCUCACUAGCCAUAUGUCCCGCUUCAAACACACCAUCAACACGAUUUGUGUCUUAGCUGACGUCAUGACAAGUGCCACGCCCAUCCGGCUGUACCACAUGUUCUACACGUUCUUCUUUGGUUCUCUGUACGUCGUCUUCAGUGCCAUGAACUACAUUGUCAGUGGUAACGCCCUACCAACUAAUGUAGUUGGAGUAGGUAAGUGUGGCCGAACCUACUACUUCAUGAACUGGGCAGCUCCGGUGGAGACAGUCUGCACUUGUGUUCUCGGGAUCAUGCUGAGCACUGCCUGGCAACUUCUCCUUCAUGGAUUAUACAAGUUUAGACUGUGGCUUUCUACACGGUGGUACUCCCUUAAUCCAUCUGCGGAUUCCGAGCUGCAAAAUAUAAUUACGUCUUCAGAAAGUUAUAACUCACUAGAAGAAAGUUACAAAUAA